UGCAGGCUCUUUUAUCUCGCGUGUACACCAGCUUCCUUCCUCAUCAAGUAGCUCUGUUCAGUUCUGGUUUUCUUUUCAAUGGCAGAAACUAUCCUCUUCACUAUUGCUGAAGGAGUUCUCGGGGAGUUGGGUUCUUUCCUUGGUAAUGAGAUUGGAUUGCUUUGGGGUGCCAAAAAAGAUCUGAAGAAGCUCAAGAGUACCAUGUCAGCAAUCAAAGCUGUACUUCUUGAUGCAGAGGAGAAGCAGAGACAUAACAAUCGAGUUAGAGAUUGGCUCCAGAAACUUGAAGUUGUUGUGUACGAUGCUGAUGAUUUAGUGGAUGAUUUCCAUAUCGAAGCUCUGCGACGCAGAGUGAUGUCUGGCAACAAAUUAACCAAGAAGGUAUGCAUUUUCUUCUCAAGCUCUAAUCAGCUUGCUUUUUGCUUAAAGAUGGGUCAUAAGAUAAAACAAAUUAGAGCGGCUCUAGAUGAGAUUAAAGACGAAAACACCUUUCAGCUAGCGGAGCGUGUUGAAGACACAAAGUUGGUCUCAGCUAACGCAAGAGAGACUCACUCUUUUGUGCGCAAAGAAGAAGUAUUUGGUAGGGAUGGUGAUAAAAUGAAAAUCUUGGAACUUUUGUUGCAUGGUGAUGAAACUGAAGAGAAUAUCUCCAUCAUUACCAUAGUUGGUAUUGGAGGACUAGGAAAAACCACACUUGCUCAACUUGUUUUCAACGAUGCAAUGGUCGAAAAUCAUUUUCAGCCAAGACUGUGGGUGUGUGUCUCAGAAGUCUUUGACUUGAAAGUAAUUGCUGGCGAUGUUAUUAAAUCUGCCACCAGUGGGAGACUAGGUCAAAAUCUUGCAAUGGAUCAGUUGCAACUUCAACUUAGGGAACAAAUAGAUGGAAAGAGAUACUUUCUUGUGUUAGACGAUGUUUGGAAUGAGGAUCCUAUAAAAUGGCUUGAGUUAAAAAGCUUAUUAAAGGGUGGUGCAAGAGGCAGCAGAGUGUUAGUAACUACCCGCAGUGAGAAGGUUGCUAUGAUAACCCACUCAUUUAAUGACCAACCGAUUCGCUUAAGUGGCUUGGAGAAAGCUGUGUCGUGGUCUUUAUUUGCGAAAAUGGCAUUUAGGCAACAACAAGAUUUGGAAAACCCGGAGAUUGUCGAUUUAGGAAAGUCGAUUCUAGAAAAAUGCAAGGGAAUUCCUCUUGCCAUAAAGACCAUAGGAAGUUUACUAUACUUCAAAAAUCCCAGGACUGAUUGGUUGUUGUUUAAGGAUAAUGAACUUGCAAGAGUAACUCAGCAAGGAGAUGGUAUUAUAGCGACACUUAGGUUAAGUUACGAUCAUCUACCUUCUUAUUUGAAACAUUGCUUCGCUUAUUGUAGUUUGUUUCCGAAAGAUCAUAUGUUUGAUGUGCAAAGGUUGAUAAAUUUGUGGAUGGCACAAGGUUUUAUUCAAGCAGACCAAAACCAAUGUCUAGAAGAUAUUGGUUAUGGAUAUUUUCUGGAUCUACUUUGGAGGUCCUUUUUUCAGGAAGCGGAGGAAGAUGAAUGGGGCAAUAUCAGGCGGUGCAAAAUGCAUGAUCUCGUGCAUGAUCUUGCAAUUUCAGUGGCUGGUACUGGUGGUCUCUUAAUAGAUAAAGAUUCAAUGGAUUUUAGUGAAAAUCUUGUUCACAUAUCUUUUGAUUUUUCACUAGACAGUACAGCAUUUUCGAAAAGUUUAUCGCCCUUGCUUAAACAUAAUUAUAAGUUGCGGACAUUGUUUUGUGUUCCUCAAUUUUUUUAUCACAGCUACAUGUCAGUGUCAGUUUUGGAAUCUAAUGCAGCAGUGACGAAGUGUAUGGAAAUUUGUUCGGAAUUAAAGUUGUUAAGGGCAUUGGGUUUGAACAGAUUUUCAAGAAUGGGGAAGCUACCAAAAAGUUUGGGUGAAUUAAAACAUUUGAGAUAUCUUGAUCUCUCACAUUUUAGUCAAAUCCAAGAGCUGCCUAACUCUAUCACCAAACUGCAGAAUUUACAAACAUUGAAUCUUGAAGGGUGCGAGAAUUUAUCAAGUUUGCCAAGAGAUAUGCAUAAAAUGGUGAGCCUGAGGCAUCUUGUGUUGGAUGGUUGUGAUAGUUUGAGUCAUAUGCCCAGUAGACUUGGAGAACUGACUUGCCUUCAAACAUUAGAUAGGUUUGUUGUGGGGGCUAAACAGUGGAGGAGAAGGAAAACGAGUAUUGGCGAGGUUGGGGAACUACGCAACCUUCACAGUUUGAGAGGAGUAUUAAGCAUUGGAGGUUUGAGAGUUGAUAUUGAAGAAUCAGAGAAUCCAAAUUUACAACUGAAGCAACAUCUACGACAGUUAGUUUUGGAGUUUGAGGAAGUAGAUGUUGAUAUUUUUGUUGAAAAAUAUGAGAAGUCGUUAGAAUUGUUGCAGCCACAUGCCAAUUUAAAAUCAUUGAAAGUUAAAUAUUACAUGGGAGUGGGAUUUGCAAGUUGGGUCAUGUCCCUUGUUAAUCUUGUUAAAUUAAAAUUAAUUGGAUGUGUUAAAUGUCGGUAUCUCCCACCUUUGCAUGUAUUACCUUGUCUGCAGCAACUUAGUCUUCUUUUCUUGGAUUCCUUGGAGUGUAUUGGUGUUGAUCAGAAUGCGACUGCUACUAGUAGUAGUUCAAGUUGUGACAUGCCGUUCUUCCCUUCCCUGAAGAAACUUUGGAUUAAGGAGUGUCCAAAACUAACUUCCAUGCCAUUAUUUCCAUUUCUUGAGAAGUUAGUCCUGAAAAAUACCAGCUCCAAGCCAUUACUACAGACGUUGACGAUGACAAUGGCGAUGGCACAAAAGGAAGCUAGUUCUAGUUCUACUUCUAGUGCAUCAUCAUCAUCAUCAUUCCAAUCUCUCUCCAAAUUGGAAAGUAUGGGGAUUCGAUCCAUUGACGACAUACAAUCUCUGCCACAACAAGCUGCUGUUAUGUGCAACCUCUCAUCUUUUCGAUCUCUUGAGAUUCAAGAGUGCCCCAAUUUGACAUCAUUGGGUAACCUCUCGUCUCUUCAAUCUCUUGAGAUUCGGGAGUGCCCCAAUUUGACAUCGUUGGGCGACCUCUCAUCUCUUCAAUCUCUUAAGAUUUGGGAGUGCCACAAUUUGACAUCGUUGCCAGAAGCCAUGGGCAACCUUUCCUCACUCCAAUCUCUUUCCAUCAUAUUCUGCCCCAAGUUGACAUCGUUGCCAGAAGCUAUGGGCAACCUCUGAUCACUCCAAUCUCUUUUCAUCCAAGGCUGCCCCAAUUUGACAUCGUUGCCAGAAGCUAUGGGCAACCUCUCAUCACUCCAAUCUUUUUCCAUCAAAGACUGCCCCAAUCUGACUUCAUUGCCAGAAGGCCACAUGUUUCACACUUUAGCCAAUUUGUGCAUUGUCCGUUGCCCAAUCUUACUACAAAGAUAUAAUGAAACAUCUGGUGAGGAUUGGCACAUUCCAAAUUUAUUCAUCUGCCAAAGCUCUGCUAGUUGGUAUUCUCUAUAGAAGAGAAUCGGACACAAAGCAAUCAAGUUAGAGAUUGGCUGGAGAAGCUUGAAGAUGUUGUGUAUGAUGCUGAUAACUUGGUGGAUGAGUUUCACAAUGAAGCUCUGCAGUGUACAGUGAUGCCUGGCAAUAAAAUGAG